UUCCACCCCCGAUCGACCUCUCCAAGAAAACCGCCCCCUCCUCGUCCUCCUCCCUCUCCCUCUCCCUUAUUUUUCGCUGGCCCUUUCUUGUCUUCAAGGAUCAUUACUUGUUGACUCGUUUGGUGUUAAAUCCCCCUUCAACGAGGACCCACGGAGAUCUCGUUCGUUACUAGUUUCCCUCGUUUACUGACUCCUUUCCUCCUCUCGGCGGCGAUUUUGUCCCGCGGUCCUUCAUUAACUGGCGUGCCCGUUGAUUGGGUCUUGAUUCUCAUAUAUUGUCCAAUAAUCAGUGGUCCUGCGACAGGUCUUAUUUAAUUGAUUCCUCUCUCGCUCUCUUUUCGUGCCUGCUGCAGUCUCCUGUAUAAACGUCACACAUCACUGCACAUUCCCUUGUCACAGUACUUAUAUUAUCGGCAUUAUGGUUCGCAUUGUUUCUUCUCUGCUCCUGGCCUCUUUGGCCUCCACAUUCGCUUGGGCCGACACUAUCAAGUGCGACGCUAAUAACAAAUGUCCGGAGAAAUACCCUUGCUGCUCGCAAUAUGGCGAGUGUGGAACUGGCGCUUACUGUCUCGGCGGCUGUGAUCCCAUGCAGUCGUUCAGUCUUGACUCCUGCAUGGCCGAGCCGGUUUGCAAAAGCAAGACCUACAAGUGGGACAACCUCGACAGUGCUGCGCUGAACACCAAGUAUCUUGGCAACGCAUCAGCGUCCGAUUGGGUCUACAGCGGUUUCCCCAAGGUUGAGGAUGGCAACCUGAUCCUCACCAUGCCCAAGAACAGCGUGGGUACUUUGUUCGCAAACAACCACUACGUCUGGUAUGGUAAGAUCAAGGGAAAGGUAAAGAGUAGCCGUGGCAAAGGUGUCGUGUCUGCUUUUAUCCUGCUUUCGGACGUCAAGGACGAAAUUGAUUUUGAGUUUGUCGGCUACGACUUGGAUAACGUUCAAACCAAUUACUACUGGCAGGGUGUUCUGGACUAUAACAAUGGUGGAAAGGCUCCUACGGGCAGCAGCACUUUCGACGACUGGCAUGAGUAUGAAAUUGACUGGAAGCCCGAUGCCAUCACCUGGUCAGUCGACGGAAAUGUCAAGCGGACGUUGACCCGGGAAUCAACCUGGAAUGAGACCGCAAAACGCUACCAAUUCCCUCAGACCCCCUCGAGAAUGCAGUUGUCUCUGUGGCCCGCCGGUCAGGCAAGCAACGCUGAAGGUACCAUUGAGUGGGCCGGUGGUGAGAUUGACUGGGACAGCGAGGACAUCAAGGACAAGGGUUACUACUAUGCGGAAUUCGGAGAGAUCACCGUUGAGUGCUAUGACCCUCCGUCAAACUCGGGAGAUGGCAAGAAAUCGUACAUCCUUACCAACAAGGACGGCCUUGAAGGCUCCUUCAAGCUCACCAACAACGACACUGUGCUCGCCUCUCUUGGUGCUACCGGUCUCGACCCCGAUCUCGGCGCCAGCACCUCUUCGUCCUCGUCUUCGAGCUCGACCACUAGCAACAGCGUUCCUGAAAACCGCGGCGGCUCUGGUAACGAGCCUGGUGCAGGUGGCUCAAAUAGCACCAGCACCGGCAGCAGUGGCAGUGGCAGUGGCAGCGGUGAUUCUGGAUUCAGCCAGGGGAGCAACGAUGACAGCAAUAACAGCAAUAAUUCGAAUGGCGCUGCCUCUGCGAACGAGCGUGUCAUGAAGGGUUCCUUCUUCGCUGUCUUGGUCGCUGUCGUUGUGCUGGUUGCUCUAUGAACCAGUGAUUAACAAUUUUGGGCCCUUGCCUUCAUUCUUGAAUAUUCUUCUCUCUCUUUUUUUUUUUUUCUUUCUUUUCUUGGGUAUAUAACACUUACCCCCCUUUCUCCAUACCAACGUGGUUUUGGUGUGUCUGUCCUGUUAAAUUUACCUUCUAUACAUGGCGGUCCCUCACUCUUCAUGUCUGUCGCCUUAUACCAGUUAACUACUUUAUUCUGAUUGGAUGUCCUGAUGCUUUUAAUGAUCGCGCGUGGCGAUGCCGCAAACGGCGCAUUGCAUGCCGUUUGAUACUCAUUCUAAUACCCUUGUUUGCGUUUUGAUGCUAGUAUAUGUAUUUUUAAUUGAUUGGCUCGGUGUGGAUGAGUAUCGGAUCAAUGAAUAUAAUUUUCUUCACAGCUUUCUA